AUGUCGACCCAACCGUUCUCCUUCCCUCCACCUCCACCACCGCCUCCAAAGCGAAACACCCAAGGACCACCUCAACAAAGCAAUGGGUUUCAAAAUAACAGAGGUUCAUUCAGAGGCGGCCAUUCUUUCAGAGCCAGCACCAGAGGCGGGCGCGGUGGGUACGGAGGAGGGCAACAUGCCUCGUUCAACGCCGCCUACAAUCCGCCUGGCGGUUACCAGCGACCUCCAGCAAGACCGUUCGACAAUGCUGCGCGUCGUGGUUCUUUCAUGAACGGUCCGCAGAAAAGAGAUCAUGCCGCUGCAUUCAACACGGCAACCCAGACCCGACCUCGACCCGUAGCACCUCCCCCAGUCCCGAGCUUUAAUGCGUCCAUCGAGCAUCUUCUGCCCCGCAAAGAGACCCCCGAGACAAGAGGCGAAAUUGCUCCUACUUCUGCUCCUGCUCCGAAACCUCGGAAGCAGAAUCUGCUUGGUUUGACCCCUGCUUCUGUAGACCAGACCUCAGACUCGGAGGAUGAUGAGGGCGAGGAAGAGCGCCUUGCAGCGCAGAUAAAAUCGAGCGGACAAACCCUGCAGUUCGAGUACAGGGGCAGCGUUGCCACACUUGGCAGUCCAGAGGAGAUUGCCGCAUGGAUUGCAGAGAGGAAGAGACGUUAUCCAACAAAGGCCAAAGUGGAAGCGGCGAAGAAAGAGGCCGCAGAGAAGAAACGAAAAUGGGAAGAGGAAAAGCAGACAAGGCUGGAUGCGAAAAAGGAGGCAUGGGCACAGAGAGACCAAGAACGGAAGGAGCUGGAAAAGGCGAGGGUUCAAAAGAGAGAAUUGGAGCAGCAAAAGAAGGAGCAGCAAGCAUUAGAGAACGGCACGACACUGGAUCCCGCUGCCCUGGCAAAGUCGAAAGCAGAGAAGCUUCAAAAGAGAGCACUCAAAGCCGAACGCCAGCUGGCCAAAGCGAAGGAAGCAUUACGGCUGGCUAUGGCGGACGCGCAGGCUUCUGGCAAUCAAGAUGCUACCAACCCUCAGCCUUCUGAUAAUACCGCUACAGACUCCAAGGCUGCGGGAAGCGAACUUCAUGCUGACUCUGUCGGCCCCAGACUCAGCGACCCUGAAUACACAUCAUCCUCCGGCUCAUCAGAAACAGACACCGACUCAGAGGAUGAUUCCGUCUCCAACGAAGUUUCCGACUCCGACUCGGCUCCAGAAGUCGUGAGCACGAAACAAGCCGCUCGAGCUGUCGACCAUACCACUCUUCCGCCCACGAAAAGAACCAUUCCUCCAUCACGCCCAUGUAAAAACAUGCUGAAAUAUGGUCGAUGCAAAUUUGGCGCCCGUUGUCGAUUCUCUCACGAAAGGCCCAAGGAUAGUGUCGAUGGUGGCAAGAACCUAGACAAUGCGAAGACGGACGCGAGAGGGAAGAAAAAGGAUUCGUCGAGUCAAGCGUCAGGCAACAAGAGGAGGAAAGGUCUUUUUCAACUGAUGGUGGAAAAGGAGCAGGAGGAGGAAAGAAGAAGGCUGCUGGAAGCCAUCAUUACGCUUGGUGAGAAUUGUCUGCUUGAUGAGCCUGCAACGACAGCAUCCGCUGGCGGAUGA